GGUGGCUCAAAGAAGAAGCGGCGGCGCGGAGAAAGUGACCGGAGCGGCAAUAGGGCGAUGGAGGAUGAGCCAGUUUAGUGAGCGCGAUCCUCGCGCGCUCCUCGAAGCGCGCUACGCCAAGACGCAACGAUUGGAGAGGCAGCUUCGAAAUGCUAUUCAGUCGAAAGGGGCGGUGGAAUCGAACAUAAGGACGCUUCGGAAUACCAUAAGAGACAAUUAUGAGGCGAUUCUGCUUGCAGACCAUGACUUUGCGGAGGCUCGGGAGAUUGAGCAGGCGAUAUGGAGGAUUCAUUACAAGCGAAUCGAGGAGUUUCGUGUUCGAAUCCGGCAUCUGCAAGCGGGAGUUGCCGCACCGGUGAAUGGAGCUUGGCCGGUUCCUCAGCGAGGAGCAGCAGCUGCAACGCCAGCGUUGGGCGUGGGGAAGGGAGCGGUGGGAGCCGGAGGGUCAGCUAGUAUUGCAGCAAGGACAGAUGCGUUGAUGAAAGCGCUUGCUGGAUUCAAGAGCUUCCUAUCUGAGGCUUCCGGAUUCUAUCACGAACUCGUCUACAAGCUGAGGACCAAACAUGGCCUGCCGCAGGAUUACUUGUUGUUCACAACGACCGGCGGCGGGGCAGUGGUUGCAGCAGGAGGUGGUGGGCGGGGACGAGGUGUGGGUGCACUUCCUUUCAGUUCUUCUGGAGGAGGGUCUGGGGCCGAAGAGUGCAAUGCCAAUUCAGCGGAGGAGACAGAGGCAGGUGCUGCUGCCAAAAGCUCGAUGACUGCUGUCCAGAAGUGCCUCCUCUCUUGUCACAGGUGUCUCAUCUACUUGGGGGAUCUGACCAGAUACAAAGAACUACACAGCAGCAAUGGUUUGGCUAAGGACUAUUCUGUUGCUGCCGGGUAUUACCUCCAAGCAGCAGCUCUCUGGCCAUCGAGUGGCAACCCGCAUCACCAGCUGGCCGUGCUUGCAACCUACGUGGAUGAUGAGGUGAUGGCUGUGUACCGGUAUUUCCGGAGUUUGGCUGUGGACAUCCCAUUUCUCACUGCUCGGGAGAAUCUUACACUGUUGUUCGAGAAGAACCGAGAGGCUUAUGCUCAUUUGCCAAAAUAUGAUCCGACGCAUAGCACUACUGCAAAUGGAAUGACGAGGGAUACCUCAGGCUAUAAAGGCUUGGAGAAAAAGGACGGCGGCAAGGUGGCAGAUCGGUUUCUUUCAACGGGGGAUGGCAGCUUCAAGUUAGCUGUGAAGAGCAGGAGUGAAAAACUAGCAAGACAAGAAUCAUCGGCGGACCUCAGAGAAGCUGCGAGAAAUUUCCGGGUGUGCUUUGUGCGUCUCCAGGGGAUCCUGUUCUCCAAGAUCAGCCUGGAGACUUUUGGAGAUGUGUAUGCAGCCACAGUGGAGGAGCUGGAGCGCCUGCUUAGUGUGGAUGAUGGGAAGCUGGAGAAAGUGUUUGCAUCUGAGCAUCGGAAAGCUACGGGUCUUGCAAGCAAUGGGAGUGUUGGGGUCCUGCAGUUGGUCGCAAUUCUGAUUUUCACAGUGCAUAACAUUUCAUGGACCCAAGAGAGGCAUCAGCCCACGUAUGCAGAGGUACUCAGUAGGCCCACUCUAUUUCAGCAUGCUUUUACAGCGGCAUUUGACUGUGCUGGAAGGUUGAUGCGUCGCUGUGCAGCAAGCAGCGAAGUGGAGAAAAGUCAUUUCCUGCCAGGCCUGCUUGUUUUUCUUGAGUGGCUAGCUUGCCGGUCAGAAAUGGCCAUAGGAUCAGAUGGGGACGAGAAGCAGAUGAAUGCACGUGUGUUCUUCUGGCGCGAAGCGUCCAAGUUGCUUAAUUUCCUCCUGCAGAAGGAUGACCAGGGCGCACGGGACGACUUUGGUACCCUGGAGGGUCAGGGUGGAUUUUUCGACAUGGCAAAUCGACUGGCAGGCAUGUUAGACGGAAUGGGUCUCAAGGAAGGGGGCACUGCCCUGUGGGAGGAUUUCGAACUGAGGGGCUUUAAUCCUCUUCUCCCUGCUCAGCUUGCUCUUGAUUACUCGAAGCCUUCUCCCCGAGUGGGCUCAUCCACAAAGGAGGAGGAGAAGGUAAGAGUGCGGCGCUUGAUUGCAGCUGGUAAAGCGGCUGCCUCCUUGUUCCAGGGAUCUCAAAAUGGAAUGCAUUAUGAUGAAGAACGGGAGAUGUUUAUAAUACCUGGAGAUGAGCCGGCUAAAGAGAAGUCAUUUGCUGAGAUGGAGCAACUCAGUGUGAAAGCUGAGUCCGAGGAUGAUGGUGUGCUGGAGCAGCACACUCUGAGCAGGGGCAAUACGGAGACUGCGGAAGCUCAAGAUGGUGCAGAUCAGGGAGAGUUGCCAGGUGACGUAAACCAGGAUAGCAUGAGCAACGUGUCAGGUAUGGUACCUGGCUUGUACACUGUGCCAAAGAUCCAUGAAGAUGAUGAAGAAGUCAUUGUGUUUAAGCCUGCUGUAAGGACGCCGAAUUUGUCUCUGGCAUCCCCUUCUGUGGAAAGGCAGCCUUCUGGCAUGCAGUUUCAUGCCGAGGCGACAAAGAGUGCCGAAGAGGCAAUCCUUACUGAUUUGUCGAAAGGCAGUCUGAGGGGCGAACGUGGCGGUCGUGAUGAUGGGAAUGACAGCUUCCUUGACAUGCCAUUUGACAGUAGAUUUGAAAAGACAUCCCAGUAUGCUGCUGCACACGAGCAGGGAAUCCCAUUUGGAAGAUUUGGAGGAUUGGGUGACCAAGGAGGAGGUGAAGGAGGCAGAGGAGGGCCAGGGGUUGGUGGUCGUCCGGAGGAAACUUCAGGGGGUGCUAGUUUCGCGAGUACGAGCAUGGCUAUGGGCCGUAACGAGGGCCUUUCUUCCACAUUCGGGUGGAAUUUAGGCAGUACUGAUAGCAAGACUACUGCAGGUGAGGUUGCCAUGGUGUCAGAAAGAAUGAUGACCACUUCUGGAAUGGGGGCAUCCACCCUCAAUGGGGUUUCGGUGUCCAUGCCGUCAACUUUCCAGGAGUACUGGAACGGCCCCACUGCAUCCGAGCUGUUGCAACACCAAGCGCAUAUGGGGAACCAGCAACAGGAAUCGCAGUUCGACAGUCAACUACACCAGUUGCUGUUGCUCCAGCACCAGAAGCAUCAGCAGGCAUCUCAUUCGUUGGCAGAGCAAUCAGGUCAGCUUCUGCAGCAGCAACACCGUCAGCAGUUCAUGCAGCAACAAUGGGCUGGUGGAGAGCAAAGCCUCGAUUCCUCGAUCAACUGGAUGCCCGACCAUUACAGUGACCAGUACAACAGGUAUAACUCGCUGGAGGCGAGCAGGGAUAUGUCAUGUGUAGAUGGCGCACUGCACAACUUGGGCAUGGGUUUGUCAGGACCCGCAGGGCCUGGAUCAUUGCUCGCACAUGAGCCUCCGCAUCCUUGCUCCCGCUUGACAUCUGGUGCCUUGCCCUAUCAUCAGCAGGGGAACUUGCCAAUUGGUAUGAGCAUGCCAAUGGUGGCAUCGACCUCGAGCUACCUUGAAGAGAUGCUUCUCAGGGAGAUUACUGCAAAUGGGACCGCGUCUGCUGGUGUUAGUAGCACCGAUUUACCUCUCGGAUGUGAUCAAGUGCAGGUGCCUAAUGGUAUGGAUGGUAACACACAUGCUAGGUUCGUUGGGUCGCGGUAUGUUCCUCAGGCUCCUGUUGGCUAUGGUAGGAACAGCCCUGUUGGAGCUCUGAGGUCUUCAGCGACCGGUUUGAGUGGUGUAAAUGACGGCGAUGGACUUCCAGGACUCGGUUCUUCUUCCUGGAGUACGGGUGACAACAUUCUCUCAAGGCAAACCCCGGUAAGGAUACCAACUCCUUCCCCUGGGGGAAUGGACUCCAGGACUUUGCAGAUGGAGGCAUCACAGCAGCAGCAGCAGCAGCAGCAGCAGCAAUGCUCUAUUCGGGACCAAAAUAGUUUGCCACCAUGGACCAAGCAGGCUCAGAUGCCACAGGUCUUUGCGGAAGAAGAUGAUUACGCAUGGCUGGACGAGUACACACAAUCAAAGCCAGAGAUGCCCCAAGUCACACCUGAGUCACAGGCAGCCUCCCUGUUCAGUAGCGCCUAUGGAGGCGGCGCUAUGGAUGCUUGGAAAGGUCAAAUCAUGGCCACAAGAGGGCUGGAGUUUGCGUUCUCCGAUAUUGCCACAGUGGAGUCUCUACAGCAGGGACGUCAACACCGGCAACAGGAACAUGAGCCAAGUCGCUAUCAUGCUCACAACCCCUUUGUUUCUUGAAGAGAAUUCAAGCUGAUUCGGUCGUUUCUUAUUCAGAUCUGCAGCUGGAGGUCUCUUUUCAGUUGCUGUCUGUGUCUGUACUCUACCCGUACAUGUCCAAUGAAUGGCAGUGUGCAGGGUGCAGUGCAAAGGACUUCAGCAAAGCGGUCAGUGGGUCCAAUGGUGCGGUUAGGGUUCAGUUGGGGAGAACUCGAAUCCCCAGCAACUGGUCUACAUUUCAGAUUCAACACGAACGGAGGACCAUGAAGGAGCAGGCUCUGCUUUGGAGAAAACGAGCCGCCUCAUUCAAACAACAACGACAUGAGAUGCGACACUGUGUGAGAGCUAGAGGCUGGCCCUUAGGGACGGGGAGACGUCCCUCCGUUGCGCCUAACAUUACCAACACCUCCAUUUGGAUGACAAUACCGCUGAUCUGCUGUUAUGGUACACUUGCUUUGAGGUGCCAGCAUGACUUUGUUGUUACUCGAUCGGUUUUCACAGGAGGCAUUUGCAAAGACCGACACAUUGUGCUGGCCUCUAGCGAGAAGACGAAUGCACAGCUUCAUCCCUCAUGCUGAUUUGUCCAGAAGUGUUAUGGAAGUGUCGAGAAGAGCAGCAGAAAUGAUAAUGGCAAAGCACAAAACCACUGGGCAGAGCAGCAGCGGCGGCAGCAGCAGAUGCAGGGCUAGUGGGGGCAGUGCAUGGAUAGGGUCUGUGUGGUGGUGGUGGAUGCUGCAGCAGCAUCGGCGUGGAGAGGGCAGGAAGGAAAAGUGUCUUCGAUGUCGAGCACAGUGAUUCUGAAACGUCCUGGGAAGAUCAAUCCCUUCUGCGCGAUCCGAGGGUGCGAUCUCCUUUCCUGGAAGCAGGAGGAAACUGGAGGAAAAGGGAGCGCCAUCCCCGAACAUUCAGAUGCUGCUGCUGAACGAACUGGAGGGCUGGCAUGCGUGAACGAAGAAUUCUAUCUGUAGAAUUGUUUUUUAUCUCGAGGGCAACGAGGAAGGAUUGGAGUUCUCACUUCAAAGAUCUUAUACGAUCUUGUGAUGAUGAUAUGAUGGAGGGUGUCGGUGAGUCUUGGCUUUGCCUGUUUACAAGACGAGUUCUUGAGGUGUGAGUGAGGCCAGCUCAUACCUACGUAUGCGCUGUAUCCGGGACCCCUACUAUGGAUGGAGGAUGUGCUUGAAGCCUCUGCAUGUCUAUCACAUAGACUUGGCAUGCCACUCCCCACCGUCCUGUGUAGACUCAGAGUUCAUGCACAUAGACUUGGUAUGCACCCAGGUUCAGGGUAAGUUUGAAGUUGUCACGCACAAUCUGUUUAAGGAAAUGCGAGGCUACGGCAGCUCCUGGGCGCAUUUGCCACGAAGUUCGGUGACACUUGACAAAUGAACAUGUCAUGGUCCU